CCUACCUCUUAUUUUCUAUCUCCCUGAUCGGCCUAGGUAUCCUUAGCACUUCCGCCGUUUCUGGCGGCAUUGUUGAGCGGAUAGUGCGGUUAAUAAUUCUCUUCAUAAUCCGCUCCGCUAAGGAUCGUAUGUCCCGAUCACCCGGCAGCAGUUGAGGCCAAUGCGCUGCUUAUCCAACCAGCUUUUGCCAGUGGUGACUCCUUGCCUUCGUUGCUUCGGCUCCUACGCGCGAAUCUCGUCCGUUCCGCAAGUUGCCGCCGCUCCCGCGGCUCUCCGCUCUUCCGCUGCUUCUGCGGUUCUCCGCACCUCCGCCUCCGCCUCUGCCUUCACGCAGCGCAGCGGGCUCUCUUGGCUUUCCGCAAAUCCGCUCUCUGCGCGAGUUGCGGCAGCGGUAACAGCGGCUGCGAAACCCUCGCGAAACUCCGUGAGCGUCGCAGCGAUGGCCAGCGAAUCGGCGGCAGCCGCGGCUGAAGCGGUGAAAUCGAUCGAGAUUGGCGGAGAGGAGAAGGGUCAGGAGGGCAGCGUGCGUGACCUGGUUGCUCAGCUCGUGUCGCAAUCCCUCGCAAAAACGUUUCCCGACCUGCCAGAUUUGGAGCCGCAGGUUACCACCUGUAACAACCCCAAAUUCGGGGAUUACCAAUGCAACAACGCCAUGGGCAUCUGGUCGCGCAUCAAGGGAACCACCACGGAGUUCAAGAACCCCAACGCCAUCGGCCAGGCUAUCGCCAAGAACCUUCCUCCCUCCCCAAUGGUGGAGAAGACGAGCAUCGCUGGCCCGGGCUUUGCUAUCGCCAAGAACCUUCCUCCCUCCCCAAUGGUGGAGAAGACGAGCAUCGCUGGCCCGGGCUUUGUGAACAUCGUGCUCACGCAGGCGUGGCUGGAGCAGCACGUGUCUGGCGUGCUGACCGGCUCCGGCAUUGCGGCGUGGGCGCCCAGGCUGCCGGUGACCCGGGCGGUGGUGGACUUCUCGUCGCCCAAUAUCGCCAAGGAGAUGCACGUGGGGCACCUGCGGUCGACCAUCAUUGGAGACACGCUGGCCAGGAUGCUGGAGUACUGCCACGUGGAGGUUCUCAGGCGCAACCACGUGGGCGACUGGGGAACCCAGUUCGGCAUGCUGAUUGAGUACCUCUUCGACAAGUUCCCGGACUGGGAGACGGUGGGCGAUCAGGCCAUAGGCGACCUGCAGGUGUUCUACAAGGCGGCCAAGAAGCGCUUUGACGAGGAUGCAGAGUUCAAGGACACGGCGCAGAAGGCGGUGGUGAAGCUGCAGGGGGGGGAGGAGGAGUACCGCAAGGCGUGGGCCAAGAUCUGUGACGUCAGCAGGAAGGAGUUUGACCUGGUGUACCAGCGCCUGGGGAUCAAGCUGGAGGAGAAGGGCGAGAGUUUCUACAACUCACGCAUUCCCGCAGCGCUGGAGAAGCUCAAGGAGGCAGGGCUGGUGGUGGAGAGCGAGGGUGCGCAGUGCAUCUUCGUGGAAGGGCACAAGGUGCCUCUGAUCGUUGUCAAGAGCGACGGGGGGUUCAAUUACGCCACGACCGACCUCACAUGCCUGCUCUACCGCAUAGAGGAGGAGAAGGCGCAGUGGAUUAUCUACGUCACGGACGUCGGUCAAACGCAGCACUUCGACAUGUUCUUCAAGGCGGCCCAGAAGGCAGGUUUCUAUGCUGGCAAGGCCAAGAAGGGGAAGGCAGCAGCAGCAGCAGCAGCUGACAGCGCAGCCCCAGCAAUCCGAGUGGACCAUGUGGGGUUCGGGCUGGUGCUAGGCGAGGAUGGGAAGCGGUUCCGUACUCGCAGCAGCGAGGUGGUGCGGCUGGUCGACCUGCUGGACGAGGCUGUCACACGCGCCAAGCAGGGACUCGUGGAGAGAGGCCGGGAGGGCGAGUGGAAGGAGGAGGAGGUCAACGCGGCAGCUGCUGCACUGGGCUAUGGAGCAGUCAAAUAUGCGGAUCUGAAGAACAACCGACUGACCAACUACACCUUUGAUUACGACCAGAUGCUCGAUAUGAAGAUGCUCGAUAUGAAGGGCAACACGGCCGUCUACCUGCUGUACGCUCAUGCCCGCAUCUGUUCCAUUAUUCGCAAGUCUGGGAAGAACGUCCAGGAGAUUGUUCAGAGCGGAGCCAAGCUCAGAUUGGACCAUCCAAGUGAGCGGGCUCUCGCACUCGAACUCAGCCGAUUCUCUGAGGUUGUUGAGAGCGCAGUGCAGGACUUGCUUCCCAACACGCUGUGCGAAUAUCUCUACAAUCUCUCUGGGAGCUUCACAACCUUCUACACCAACUGCCAGGUGGUUGGUAACGAGUACGAGGAGAGCCGACUCAUCUUGUGCGAAGCAACGGCUGUUGUGAUGAGGAAGUGCUUCGAGCUCCUUGGAAUCACCCCUCUCUACCGCCUCUAAGCUAUUACCUGAGUGAAUACUUAGAAUGCAACCUUGAUCAGUCUGCUUGCUGAAACGGGUAUGAGUUAUGCCUACACUUUCACAGGUCUCUUUUGUUAUCUGCUUCACGAAUUUCGUGAUAAAAGGUUUUGUUGCCA